AUGGCGACGACAUUGGUGGUGGCCACGACGGCGGCCGCCGUGGGCCUGGCCCUGCUGGUCUGUAUCUUGGGGCUGCUCUGUAUCUUGCGGAACCGGCCGUGCACACUGAAGCGGGGGGAAGAUGGGGAAGAGCAGGAGAUCUCCGCUGUUGGUGGCGGCUGCAGAGAGCAGAGAUGGAGAGAGGCGGAGAUAGAAAGGAGAUUGUCUUGGCGACCGGCGGAGCCACCUUCAACCUGGCAGGAGGCUGUUUUGGCAGUGACAGAGACGAUCCAGUUCAUUUACUUGGAAACCCUCGGGAGGUGGCCGAUUGGAGAUUUGGCCUUUGGCAUCAAGCAUCACAUGAGAAAGCAGGGCUUACAAGUAGCGACUGUAUUUGGCAGAAGCAAUUAUAUUAAAUUAGAAGGACCAGAACUUAUGGAUGAGUUGAUCUACCUUUCAAGGCUGUUGUAUCUCUGUAUAGCCUUUUCAAAGAAACCAUUCUCAGUCUUCUUAAAAUGUUCGGACUUCUGUCCCGACGAUAUUAUUUUUCAAAAGCAUAAAGCUGGGCUUCUAAAGCCUGCUUUUAUCAUUUUACGUGAUAAAAGUUCAAAAUGCAUUCUCCUUAUUGUUCGGGGGAUGCAUAGCAUCAAGGAUACAUUGACUGCUGCUAUUGGUUUGAUGGUUCCCUUUCACCAUUCAAUUUUAGAUGAAUGCGGUGUCAGUAAAGUGGUAUUGGGAUAUGCACAUUAUGGGAUGGUUUCUGCAGCCCAUUGGAUUGCAAAAUGCGCAACUCCAUAUGUCCUCAAAGCUGUUGGACAAUAUCCUGCCUACCAACUCAAGAUUGUUGGCAAUUCUUUAGGAGCUGGCAUUGCUGCAAUAUUGACCUUCAUUCUUCGUGAACACACAGAAUUUUCUUCGGCCACUUGUAUUGCAUUUGCUCCAGCUGCUUGCAUGACAUGGGAUCUUGCAGAUUCUGGACAGGACUUCAUCACCACUAUUAUUAAUGGUUCUGAUAUCGUGCCAACAUUUUCGCUUGUUUCUGCUGACAACCUUCGACUUGAGGUGGCAGCUUCCUCGUGGCUAAGUGACCUGUGUGAUCAAUUCCAUCAGCCAUUUACCUCAUGCGCUCAAACACUAUCCAGCAAAAGCCAGAACGUCUUCAUAAAGGUACAGAAAGCUGCCCUGACAUUUGCUAGGCGCAUGGAUUGUCUAGGCAUUCUCUCAUGCUAUGAGGACAAGAUCAAACAUCAAGGUACAAAUUUGCCAAUAGUGGAUAUGGAUUCUUCUGAGAUCAAACAACACCCUGAUGAAUAUUUUCCUGAACAAAUCGAUGUUGCUGGUUCCUGCAGUAAUCAAUACUGCAAUGGAACCGAGGAAGCCACCGAAGAAGAAAUUAUCGAAAGAAAAUUGUGGGUGGUGCUUGGGAAGGAGCUUCAGAGGCAAGAAGAAGCUGUUUCACAAUCCCAGGAAGAAAAUUAUAUGAGGGCUAUGGAUAAAGAAAGAUCUGUAUAUGGAACUAUUGGAAGCAAACAGCCAAUUUCAGCAGAGGAGAUCCAUUUUUUUCCUCCAGGUAGAAUUAGACAUAUAGUAGCAGAACAAGAAUUGAAUGUGAGCUCUGGUGGGAGUGUUGCAGAUGAGCCGAAUAUUAGCAUGUAUGAAACUCCGAGGCAUUUGUAUGGUAAAAUUCGCUUGUGGCCGAAUAUGAUAAAGGAUCAUUACAUGCCAGCGUAUAAGAAGAUGAUUGAUCUGAUGAUUGAGAACCUUAGGAAGAAGGAGGCAGCUGAGAAGCUGUAGAAAAUUGUACAUUAUGUUAUUUUUUGCACAGUGAAAGCUAUUUGA